GGGACCAGUUAGUAUGUGGUUUAAAAAGUGACGUAAUUAGACAACGACUUUUUGCGGAGGACAGUCUGAGUUUCAGCCAAGCUGUUAAGAUUGCGUGUUCACUGGAGGCGGCGGAGCGCGAUGCGGCGUCGGUGGAGGUCAUGGGUGCAGGGGGCGGCGGCGCCUCAGCCCAUAGCAACAGCGCGGUACAUGCGCUGACGUCAUCGCGGGCGCGCGGGCCAUCCGGCUCGGCGGCGCAGGGCUCCUACGGCCGCGGGCCUAGUGGGGCGCGGAGAUGGGCUUCGCCGGACACGGCUCGAAGUGCUGAUCAAUCAGCUCAGUGUGAGGCGUGCGGCGCACGCAGCCACGGGAUAAAAGACUGUCGAUUCAGAAGGGCAAUCUGCAGUAAAUGCGGUAAAGAAGGCCACCUACGGCGUGUAUGCCCCGCGUGGGCGGAGCGCGCCGGACACAGAUGGGCGGGAAACAGAGGAUACAAACAGAGCAAAUCUCUGCAUCAUCUAGAUGAAGGAGUACCCGCCCAGGAAGAGGAUGACUCAGCAGAAUGUGAAGAGGAGUUAAACCAACUCUGCUUGAGUGGCUACAAGCCGACAUAAGGAGCUAUUCAGCGGCGGACUGGGUAGAUUCACUGGCGGGAAGGUGAGGCUGCGGGUGCGGGAGGACGCGGUGCCGGUGUUCUGCCGCGCGCGCCCGCUGCCUUUCGCGCUCAAGGAGCGCGUGGACGCCGAGCUCGACGCCAUGCUGCGGGACGGCGUCAUCGAGCCGGUGGACUGCUCGGACUGGGCCACGCCGCUGGUGCCGGUGAGUAAGGCGGACGGUGGACUUAGAAUAUGCGCGGAUUAUAAAAUCACGCUUAACCCUGCCUUGUUGGUCGAUAGAUAUCCGUUGCCUAGGUUCGAUGACUUAUUAAUGACCUUGAAUAAGUCGGUUAUAUUCAGUAAAUGCGAUUUAUCCCAAGCGUACAAUCAGCUGGAACUCGAUGAGUCAGCAAAAUAUACGGUAGUAAACACACAUAGAGGUCUCUAUAGGUACAAACGGCUCGUGUAUGGCCUAUCAUCCAGUUCGGGGAUAUUUCAGCGGACCCUUUCAAAUUUGCUAAAAGGCAUUCCUUUCACGGGGGUUUUCAUCGAUGACGUCAUCGUAGGAGGUAGGAAUAUUGAGGAACAUCUAAAAUCGUUAGAGGAGGUCCUGCGUAGAUUGUCAGAAAAUGGGUUAAAAUUGAAGAAAAAUAAAUGCGAGUUUAUGGUGGACGAGGUGAAAUACCUCGGAUAUAUAAUAUCAAAAGACGGUAUCAAAACCGAUCCGGAGAAGGUUAAAGCAAUGGUGGAGAUGGCGCCACCAGAAAACGUAG